AUGCUUCUUGUUGCGUUGAGCCCUGACUACACGGAUGGUGGCACGAUAUCUACCAAGAUUGCCGGGAUUAUUCUAGCUAGUGUAUCUAGUGGAGGUGGUGAAUUAAGUUUCCUCGGGUUGACACACUUCUACGGCCCAUUUAGUCUGGCAGCCUGGGGAAGCGGAACCGGAGCUGCGGGGCUGGUUGGUGCUGGUGCUUAUGCACUAGCGACUACGUCCUUCGGCCUCAGCGUUAAAACGACCCUUUUGGCAUCCGCUUGUUUACCAGCAGUUAUGGUGCAGCCACUGAUGGAAACCCCAGACCAUGUGCUAGGAAGGCCAUCGACCAAAUUCCGCAAAAUUCAGGUCCUUGCCGUCUUCCUUUUCUGGACAACGUAUCUCCUAAGAGGAAACAAACAUGGCCCGCCUGUCGUUCGCAACGUCUCAUCCCGCCUGUCAGCAAAGCUAAGUGUUUGGCAAACUACCGUGGGUGUUUUCCUGUGGCUAUACCUCUGCCGGAACUUUGCAAAGAUUGUAGGCUUAGAAUGCCCGGAACCACUAGCCAAUUUAUAUUCGCGCUCCUUCUUCAGAGCAACAUGGAUCACCACGGCCCUCGACGCUGGCUUCUGGACCGCAAUGAAAGUCAAGCCUAAGUGGUUACGAGACAUCGCGUCCUUGGCAUUUACAGUUUACUAUCUUUUUGCUGCGGAACAGGCAGAUGAGAAGGUUCGUCGGGUUCGAGCAACCCUAACCGUAGAACACCUGCGAGUCUCUUGGAACAAAGGUACCACACCGUACCUGUGGGCACUCGCGAGUUUAGUUCGGCCCCGACUUACAAAAUAUCCGCCUCGCGCGAUACGAAUUCCUCGGCCCCCGCAGUCAAGUUAUACAGAGCCAACCAAUGCAUGGCUUUACUUUGAUGGUCCUCUGAGUGCGUUGCGGGACCAGACCUGUAUUAUCUUGGAUAUCCCUGGGGGAGGAUAUGUCGCUAUGAGCCCCCGAGCUUCAGAAGAUCGACUACUUGCCUGGGCAGGGAAAACAAAGGUCCCGAUCCUUAGUCUUGAUUACAAAAAGGCACCAGAAUAUCCCUACCCGUACGCCCUCAAUGAAUGUUAUGACGUCUACCAUACCAUUAUCACAACGCGCGGACGUUGCGUGGGAUUGAGCGGGAAUGUGCGACCGCGUGUUGUGCUUUCAGGAGAUAGUGCUGGUGGAAAUUUGGCAGUGGGCACUACGCUGAUGGCCCUUCAAUCAGGAAGCUCAGAUGCUCCCCGUUGGCAAGGCGACCACAUGCUCCCUCGUCCAGAUGGGCUCGUUUUAGCAUAUCCAGCGUUGAACAUGAGAGUGGAAAGCUGGAUGACGGAGGAGCAAAUGUCACUUAUACAAGACAAGAGCGCGCGCCGGACGAACGAGAAUGUCCUACGGCAGAAAAACAUGGACUACCAGCGUUUGACUCCAUUCACGUCCCCCGGACCUUCCACAGAAGACCUUCUCCGCGACUCAUCUUCUGACCUGGACCUCGAAGCCGACGAUGUAGCUCAGGGUGCUUCUAAGAAACUUGAGGAAAAACUGAAGGCAGACAACCUGGCAACUCAGACAGCUGCCGUCGCGCAGAGCCACCACCCGAAACAAAUCCGUACCCGUCUAGCCGUUUCCUCAAUGAUCUCAUAUGUCCAUGAUCGGAUCCUGACCCCCGAAAUGAUGAGGGCAAUGAUUAUCCUGUAUAUCGGACCUCAUAAUCGUCCCGACUUCAGCACUGACUUCCUGCUUUCCCCGGUGCUAGCCCCGGAGGCUCUUCUUGCAAGGUUUCCAAAGACAUACAUUGUCACAGGUGAGCGUGAUCCGCUGGUAGAUGACACUGUAAUCUUCGCUGGGAGACUGCGACAAGCCAAGCUACAUCAAUUCCGCGAAAGACAAGAGUUGGGCCUUGAGAAAUCUCACCGAACAUUCAACGAAAAGGACCACGUGGAAGUGUCAUUACUCCCAGGCAUCUCCCACGGAUUCCUGCAAAUGGCCGGCUUCUUCCCCGACAGCUGGAAACACAUCAACAAGUGCGCGACAUGGAUCCAGGACUUGUUUGAGGCCGCCGAGAGACGCAAGUCAUCAUCCAGCUUGCUCCAGUCACUCCAGGACAGCGCACAAUACUACCAGGUCCCGAAAUCGGGCGCCAGUAGCGGUAGCCCACGCAAUCACAAGCGAAGCCUGACGGGCGAAUCGUCAGGUGACGAGGAUAGACCCUUAGAGAUGAGCCUCGGCAGGAUGACACCGUUGAACCCAGAUAAUUCCACAGACAACAGUAGCAGUCAGAUGCGUGGCAAACCGUCCAACGGGACCAGCCAUGUUCAUCUCCAAGGCUCUACGCCGAAUGGCAGUGACAUUCAAAGUACAAGCGGAAGCCAGGGUAAAAAUGCAUCCAGGGGUCGCCGUUCCCAGCCCAAAGGGCUCAGCAGGAGACGGCGCGAUGCGCCCACGAAACUCACCAUGCCUCCGGCACAUGAUUAUAUCUCAGAUGCCAUGCAGACCCCUCCACCCAAACGGAGGGAUAGAAGCAUUGGCAGCCUUCCUAGCGAAGAGGAUCUCCUGGAUCGCAGAAUGAAUGGUUUAGCUGGAGGGUUGAUGGGGAUAGGAGAGGGAGCUCGGACACCGUGA